AUGCACAAAGUUAUUCUUUCAUUAUUCGUGUUGAGCUUGUGUCUGUCUGCUGUCUAUGCUCACUCAUGGAUUGACUGCACUGAUUAUACUGAAGAAAACGGUCAAUAUUACAGUGCUUCUAAAUGUAGAGCACGUCCAAGAAAUUGGUCUGCACAUGCUGCUAUUAACAGCGCUUUCGGUGGAGAUACUGGAUACAAUCACCAAGAUACUAGUUGUAAAUAUGGUCUUACCAAUGGAAACUAUCAAUCUUUCUAUACAUCAUCAUAUCCAAUGGCCACAUACAGACCAGGACAAAAGGUUUGUCUUGCAUAUCCAGCCAAGAAUCACGUUGCUGCUUCAUGCACCAACCAAUACAUUCCAGAUAAUGGAAACAAGAUUUACUACUCUAGUUUGAAUCCAACCAGUGAUCCAGGUGCUAAUGAUUGGAAAUUAUUGCAAGAUUGGGGAAAUAACGUUGCUCCAAAUACUUUGGAAAAUGGUGGUGGUAAAGGAUUCCAAAAUUGUCCAAAAUUCUGUGAAAAUAUGGAUAAGGCAUUGUGUACUAAUUGUUUCACAAUUCCAGCUAACACUCCUGAGGGUCGUUAUGCUUUCCAAUGGAGAUGGGUAUUCAAUGCUGGAAGUGCUCCAUAUACCUCAUGUUGGGAUGCUCAAAUUACAUCUACAGGUAACCCAGUUACUCCUACACCCGCUCCAUCAACUGGUUCAAAUUCUGGAUCAACCAAUAAUAAUAAUGCACCAUUGGUUGGUAAUUCCAUUCGUAUUAAGACUCCACCAGUUAAAAUUCCAUUGAAUAGUCAAACUGUUACAGUUGAUGUUGAUUAUUCUGCCAAUGUCAAUGUGGAUAUUGUAGUUGACUUUUUGAGAUUACCAGAUUAUUCUUGGUUUGGUAAGGCAAUUCAAAAGAGUGUUGCUCCUGGUACUGGUACUCUCUCCAUGUCUGUCAAGAUUCAAAACUCACCAACUGAAGGAAGCUAUGUCUUAAAGCCAUGGAUUGUUGAAGCUGGUAAGGCUGAAAUCGAUAAGGGAUGGACUCUUGAAAUGGACAGAAAGGAAUACUCUGUUCAAUAUACUGAUAAGGUCAUUGCAACAACUUCAAGAGGUAGCUCUGCAGUUAGAUCUGUCAUUUCUGUUAUGACUUUAUUUGUCAUGAUUGCAGUUUUACUCUUGUAAAACUUCAAAUAAUAAACAAUUAUUGGAAUU